GGCGAGACGGGCGGCGGCGGAGCGGAGCGGGGAGCGGGGCGCAGCCCGCCCGGCGGUGGGGAUGGCCGCCCUGGAGAAUGCCCCUCUCCAAGCCUGCAGCCUCUCAGAGCAGGAGGAGGAAGAAGACAGCAUCUGGGAGAAGAUUGAGAGUGCACGGCACCAGCUGACCCGCUCCCUGAACCCUGCGAAGCUCACCCCAUACCUGCGCCAGUGCCGCGUGAUAGACGAGCAGGAUGAGGAGGAGGUGCUGAAUUCAUGCCGAUUCCCUUGCAAAAGCAACCAGACAGGUUAUCUGAUGGACAUCCUCCGGCGCCGUGGGAAGCGAGGCUACGAAGCCUUCCUGGAAUCUUUAGAGUUUUACUACCCGGAGCACUACACCCGGCUAACAGGGAGGGAGCCAGCCCAGCGCUGCUCUAUGAUCCUGGAUGAGGAAGGCCCUGAGGGACUAACUCAGUUCCUGAUGAUGGAGGUGAAGAAGGUGAGGGCUCAGCGCAAGGAGCACCUGCUGAAGGAGCAUCAGCUCCAGGUGAAAAACCAGGCAUUGGAGCAAGAGCAGGCCCGGCUGGAGCAGCAGCUACAGGAGCUCCUGAAGGUGCAGGAGCGUUGCCAGCGGCUGAGAGAGGAGUGGGACACCAACAGCGUGGAGCUGCUGAGGCUGAAGGAUGAGAACUACAUGAUGGCCAUGCGCUACGCGCAGCUCUGCGAGGAGAAGAACAUGGCCGUGCUGCGGAGCCGGGACCUGCAGCUGGUGGUGGACCAGCUGAAAUGCAAAGUGACCAGCCUAGAAGAGGAGUGCAGCCUGCUGCGGAAACAGGCGUCUGCGCCGCCCCAGCGAGAGACGGAGGAGCGGGGCCACCCCGACGCCGUGUCUGAGCUGUGGGCUGAGAACCAGCGGCUCACGGCAUCGCUGCAGGAGCUGCAGGGCAUGUUGCAGAAGCCAGGUGAGGGUCCAGUGCCAGGCUCGGAGCAGAUCCUGCUGGAUAUCCUGGAGCACGACUGGAAGGAAGCCCAAGAUGACCGGCAGGAUCUCUGCCAGAAACUCAACUCCCUGCAGAACGAGCUGCAGUGGGCCGAAGAGCUGAGGGAUAAGUACCUCCAGGAGGUGGAAGAUCUGCAGCUGAAAUACCGGACGCUGCAGAAGGACUGUGAUCUCUACAAGCAUCGUAUGAACACGGUGCUGCUGCAACUGGAGGAGAUCGAAAAAGAGCGGGACCAGGCAAUCCAGAGCCGUGAUGGGGUGCAGCUACAAUACUCCCAGGGCCUGAUCGAGAAGGACCAGUACCGCAAACGUGUGCGGGCCCUGGAGGAGGAGCGGGACGAGCUCCUAAGCAAGCUGAGCCAGGCAGAAGGGCUGAACAGCACGCUGGAGGCACAGCUGCAGCGGUGCCAAGGCAGCCGCAGCCUGGGCAAGAUGUGCAGCUCUUCCUACUCCCUCUGCUCCAACCUCAGCAGCACCUGGAGCCUCGUAGACAACCCUACCAGCUUUACGACUGGGCUUGUGGAUGCGCUGGGGGUUUCUGUUAUCCCGUUCCCAGGAGAUUCAGCCAUUCAGAGCAUGGAGGUGACUCCUGACAGCGAGAAGGAUAUCAACCGCCUUUCCACUUUCCCCUUCCCACCUUGCAUCGGCUCCAUCCUUCGUCGGCAGCGGGAAGACAGGUGCAUGCCCUACAAAAGCUUGUCCUGUGGCUCCUUUAGCAGCAUUGAAGAUGCAACAGGCAGUGAUUUUGCUAGCACCUCUCUCGGGGCCUUCUCCUCUUCUUCCAGUAGGACCUACGCCAGGGUGAAGUCGGAGAUCUGCUUGUCCAUGCUUCCCAGCUGUGAGGAGGUCACCAGGAGGUCACUGGUGGUACAGCUCACUAGUAUGGGUCACCCCAGCAAGCCCUCACCCCAGGAGAAGAGGCUUGGAGCAGACAUUUCCAUCCUUGGAGGGAACAGGACAGGGAUUUACGUCCAGUGGGUCAAGCCAGGCUCAAAGGUCGAGGAUGCAGGACUCAGGGAAGGGUGCCGGCUCAUUGAGCUGAGGGUGCCGUCGCUGAAGGAAGAGGUGCUUUCCCUGGAAAACUGCACGCGGGAGGUCGCCUACCUGAGCCUGCUUCAUUGGGAUGAGCCCUCUAGUCUCGUCUUUCGGCUGGACCUGGAAGGAUACCAGCCUCUGCGGGAAGCCCUGGAAGAAGGGAGGAAGUUUUCUGGAGACUCGUUCUACGUACGCACCAACCUGUCCCUCCUGGAGCCAUCAGACCCUUACGCACUCUGCGUCAAGUGUCGGGAGAUCCUUCAUGUCACGGACACCAUGCACAAAGGGCGGCUGGAGUGGUACUGCUCCCGCGUCGAUCCCUUGACCAUGCGGGACCUGGACAAGGGGACAGUGCCCAACUACAGCAGGGCUCACCAGCUUUUGAAGAUCCAGGAGAAGGGCCAGACGCCUGGGCAGCAGAGGGGCCACAGAAAUAAUCUAAAGAAACGGGCCUUGGACCAACUGCGCCUGGUGAAAUCCAAACCGCAGAGGAGCCCGGAGCAGCCCCCUCAGCAGCUGUGGCUGGACCCCUGCUCAGACCCAGACAUGAACCUGAAGCCUUACAGCCUGGUACGCCCUGUGGUGGUCAAGAAACCCCGACCUGUGGUGCUGUCACCUAACUGCAUUGCACCACGGCUCAUCAGGAACCUGCUGGACCUGCCCACGUCUCGCCUGGACUUCCACAUGUGCCCAGGAGAGAAGCUGGCAGAAAGGGAUCCCAGCGCAACCCAUGCUCAGGGGCACCCUGCGUCUAGAAUUGCCCCCCAAGACCAGAGGGAGAGCGGGCGAAUCCGCAUGAUCCGAGAGGCGAUGGAGAAGAAUAAACACUGCCUGCUAGAGCUGGGAGUUCAGAGUGUGAGGGAUCUAAUUAAAAGUGAAAUAUACCCCAUCGUUAUCCAUGUCGAGGUCACUGAGAAGAACGUUAGAGGACUCAGGAGCUUGCUGGGUAAAGUGGGCCAGCGGGACUCGGAGGUGCUGAAGGUGUGCCGCGGUGCGGAGCAGGCUCUCCGCGCUCUGCCGUGCUCCUGGGCCCGCGUGGAACCCCACACCUGGAGCCACGCCGAGGAGCUGCCCAAGGUGGUUCGGGGAUGCAUCUUCCAGGAGCAAACCCGCCCGCUCUGGAUCGAGGAGGGCGACGACUGAGCUGGGGGUAGCAGAGCGGGCACUGUCAGCUACCAUCCCCAAGAGAUGUUCGCGGAGGUCCCUGCCUCCCCAAACUCCUCCAGGUAGCUUGUACUUCCUCCCCGAGGGGAUGGUGGCAGCAAAGGCCCCCAGGGGUAGCCUUUCUGGUCCCCUUGAGGCCACCAAGAGCUUGGGGGGGGUAACACGUGCUGCCUCCCCCAUCUGAGCUUUCUGUAUUUUACUGGAGAGAUGUCUUCCACCGACACGGUGGAAAACACCCUCAUGGGCUGUUCCCCAUCACCCUGGGCUGCCCUUGUCUCUGGUAUGUGGUCAGGUUGCCCGAUGGGGAACGUAGGGGAACAGUGUGGGAUCAGGCUGCGCGGGACCGUACCUCACGCACAUUUGAAGCCCUUCUCCCAUCACCUCCAUCUCCCCUGCCCUGUGGCACUGUGUGCUCCGGGUCCCGUCUUCUCCCGUCUACCUCGUCUCCGGCUCCACGGCACAGGGAGCACGGCUCGCAUGCCAACGCCCCGCCACGGCUGGAGUGACACUAAGCUUGCAACAAACCCUCGUUUUACAGGAGCUGUACUCUUUAUUGCUUGUAAAUUAUUAAUGGAGCCUUUUAUUGGCAAACUGCAUAUAAAGGAGAAUUAAAUACCAUUCAUAAAGGGAAUGGGUGGCAGGCUGUGGGCUUGUGUGCUACUGGGAAGGUUUAGGUAAUGCAUGACGGGGGUAUUUUUCUCCUCCUUUAGCUGAGACCCAACUGCCCAACCCUCCAGGGGAAGGAGGGAGCCCUGCUUUUGCUGUUGUAGGGCAGCAAGAGGUGUGGGGAGAGGACAGGCUGAGCGUGCCACAGACCAAGCCCCCUCCUGUUUUUACUUGCCUCCAGUUUUUCAGUCCCUUGCCUCUCCCCAGUGCUGAUGUUGGCCAGGUUGCUUUAGAAAAGCCAGGGAAAAGCUCACUUGAUGUGUCUGGCUGAGGUCCCUAGAGCUUCACAUCCCUCUAUGCCCUGGUUAUCGUGAAGUGACGAGCCAGCUACCUCAUCCUCCUUGGGGACAACAGCAAGACUGAGCCCAGCCACGCUGCCAGGAGGCUGGGGGCUGUGCCCCUCCACUGGGGGCUGUUCACACCCUGACAUGGGGCCGAGUGUGUGUUCAGACUCUGGCAGAGGGAAGACGGAGGGUUUGGGUAGCAGCAGCCGUGCUCACCCACCCUAGCACCGUCCUGACUCCUAAUCAAUCGCCGUUAUCGGCCCUGCUAUAGGAAAGGGGUGCCGGGACACCCACGCCAUGGAGAGGCGGUGAUUGUGGUGGUAGAUGGUCUUUCCCGGGGCAUGCAAGAGGAAAAUGGGAGUCUGUGGCUCUGGGAGGCUCCAUGGGGCAUGAGGCGAGGCAGAGGGCUGAGCCCACUGAUCCUGGGGUCAAUGGGAGAAGAUGGGCAACAAGCACCAGAGUCAAGUCCUCUCUGUGUCCUCCUUGCCCCUGUGAUUAGGGCGCUGCUAGUGCCAUGCACUUUUGAAGCUCUGAGCAAAGAUUAACUUGCUGAUCUUCACAGGUCCCCUGUGAGGUGUUAUUUCAGGCUCUAAACCAGUUGCCUGUGUCUUUUAUGAGGACGAGAGUGAAGGGGGAGGAAAGAAAAGAUUUUAACCUGCUGUCAGGAAAAUGUAGAGCAAAGUCCCAGCUCUGCCCUGGAGCAAUGCAGCUCUCCUCCCAGGGAAGGGGGAACUGGUGUAACACUAG